CUUUGAGUUUACUUUGAAAAAGCUCCCAUAUGGAGUUGAGAGACUGGAGUUGGAGGAGUGUGUAGUGUGUUGUGUAGUGUGUUUAAUGACAGCUGUUUUUAAAGAGCGUGUGGUUUGUCUGUAUCUAGACCUGUACAGCUCCUGGACCGGGUUUAAUCCAGCAUGGAGAUGGCGACAUUCCCUCCCCAAGUACACGGAAAAGUAACUGCUGGCUUCAGGUUUGGGUCUUGGCUCCGACUGAGGGGUCUGUGACUUAUUAAUCUGCUCUGUUAAAGCAGGAUUUCUCUGUCAACAUGAGCCGAGACCCUGCGCACUAGUGCUUCUGUUUCACAAAGAUCUCCAGCUAAACUUUCAUACCUGUAGAAGACAAACACUUCAUGUGCGCGGACUGGAAAAGCGACCGAACACGAAGGAAAAGUCCGUAUCUGGUUUAUUAAACUAUUAAACAGUAGCAUGGAGAAGUUCCCCAUGAACAGCGGAGGUGGAGACGCGGAACGGGACCUGGAGAUCCAUGGGCGCUUGUCUGAGUGCAGUGAAAUCGGGGAGCCGCUCCGGGAGAACGGGAAAGCCGGAAACGGUCCGAACCGAACCGUGACCCGGGCGCACAGAUCCAGCCCCAGGAUGCUGGUCGCUUUGGACAUCUUAUGUCUGAUUGUGGCCUCUAUCCCUUUUUUUGCGUGCGAGCUGAAGACCGUGAAGCCUUACAAGAGAGGCUUCUUCUGCAGAGAUGAGAGCAUCACUUAUCCUUAUCUGAAGUCGGAGGCCAUCCCAGACAGCGUGCUCAUCACCGGAGGAAUCAUCAUUACAGGCCUAACAAUCGCUCUGGCCGAAUGUUACUGUGUGCGUUCCCGCCGUGUGAACUCCCGUGCCUUCAUAAGAAACCCCUACAUCUCCUCCCUCUACAAAGAACUGGGCAGCUUCCUGUUCGGCUGCUGCAUCGGCCAAUCGCUGACCAACAUGGCCAAGCUGAGCGUGGGUCGGCUCCGCCCCAACUUUUUAGCGGUGUGCAACGUGACGUACGAGUCACUGAACUGCUCACUGGGAGAAUAUUUGGAAAACGUGAAAUGUAACAGCACCCAGAAAGAGGAAGAGGAAGCCAGGAAGUCCUUUUUCUCAGGCCACGCCUCUUUCGCCAUGUACACAAUGCUUUACCUUGCUUUCUAUUUGCAGGCUCGGUUCUCAUGGCGUGGUGCGAGACUGUUGAGGCCGCUGUUGCAGUUCCUGCUGGUGAUGUUAGCCGUGUACACCGGGCUCAGCCGGAUCUCCGACUACCGCCAUCAUCCCUCUGAUGUCCUCACUGGCUUCCUGCAGGGAGGAAUCACUGCAUACUGGGUGGCGUUCCACAUCUCCUCCAUGUUUAAAACCUGUUCUGCAGACUGCUCGCCUAACUGUCUCCCCCUGGACAGCCCUCUGUCUCUGUCCAGUCGUCAGACAGAGUGCUAGCGACUAGUCGUGGGACACAGAGAUACACGGCGCUGCCUUGAUGUAUGAACCGAACCGAAUGACAUCAGUCGAUGGACACAAGCUUUGGGGAGGUAAAGGAAGAAGAGGAGGAGGAGGAGAAGAAUGUCCAGAGGACAAUGUCCGUACUCACAUAUACAUACCGACCCACUGCCUACAAGUCCCGCAUAAAUAAGAUAUACGACACAGAUAUUAUUUUUUGUUUUUUAUGUGAGCCUUUAUGUUUAUAUUUUACUUUAAAAAUCCAGCAAAUAUAUGUAGUCGAAGCUGCUAAUAAUUGUAUUAUUCCGUAGUGACACUUAUACAGGAGCCUCUGUGGAGUUAUGUGGAGACUCCACAGGUCAAUCACCUGCAGCUUAUUGGAGCAAUGCCACUUUGACGGACAGACGUACUGACCAAUCACGAGAGUUCUGUGGUUACAAGCGACACCGGGCUUCAUUUAUUAAACUUUAUACGAAUCCGUUUAUUUGUAGAACGUUUCACAGGACACGGUUACUUACUACAGAAAAACAAACUUGUAUGUGAACCUCGAACGAUUGUCUUCCAUUCCUGUAAUUAUCCAUGAUCGAGUUACUGCGAGUUUCAUUUGCAUAUUUAUUUCAGUUACACACUCAGUUACAUGUUACAUUCACACCAGAAAGUGAUUCCAAAACAUAAUCCAUAAAUUAAGACAAAAUAGGCUAGCCGAUUAAUUAGGACAUAAGUAUUGGCGCCCUGUAAAAGGAAGAAGAGUUUGUGUGUGUGUGUCUGUGUGUGGUUAGCACCUGAUGCUCUGCAAUAACUGAGUUGCAUUAAUGGAGGAUUGUAAAGGAGGUGAUUUAGUCACCAUUUCUGUCCUUUUCAGGUUUUGAGCUUUUUACCUUUUAUGGAGAUUUGUGGGCGUGGUCAAAUAUAAACGUUCUGUUCGUAAUACAAGAGUAAAACACGUUUAAUAGACAGGUUUAAUAAAUGAGGCCCAGUGUAUAAAGGGUGCAAUAUACCCGUUACAGACUUGUCUUUUCUUGUCUUUUUUUUUUUUCUAUUUCUUUAAAUUUUUUCUUUUAAUAUAUAUACACAUAUAUUUUUAAUUCUUUUUAUUUCUUUUCUUUUUCUUUUUGUUUUAUUUUUACCUCUUAACACUUCAAAUUUUCUUAAGUUUUUCUGUACAUAUUUUUUCUUUAUUUAUUUUCAUUUUUUCUUUUUUUAAUUUCUUUCCCUUUCUUUUCUUUUUCUGUUUUCUUUUGCACUUUUCAUUAUUGAUGAUCCAGCAAGUUCAAUUUUGAGACAAGAGAUUCUUUCUUUCUUUCUUUCUUUCUUUCUUUCUUUCUUUCUUUCUUUCUUUCUUUGCUAGGCAGCAGUGUGACUGAAAUGAGACAGGGCCGGUCUCUCUCUCUCUCUCUCUCUCUCUCUCUCUCUCUCUCUCUCUCUCUCCCUCCCUCCCUCUCUCUCUCUCUCUCUCUCUCUCUCUCUGUGGUGUUGAGCAGGCAGACCACUGAACACUAGCGACCUGCUCGAACCUUUGGCACUUCAGCUGCAGGACUGAACUCUGAAACAUUAGCACGUGGUAUUUCAGUGGAAUCAUUUCAUCAGUGUUUAUUUUUCUCUUACUGUGGUCAACCAUUCACCUUCUCCCAGUUUCACAAGGUGGUGAUUAUUCAGAAUAAAACUGUAUAUACAUCAUUUUAUAUAAAGAAAUCUAUCCAGAGUUUGUAGACGUAUUAGCACCAUGGUGUUAUGUGUAUGUCAGAUGCUUGUUGUAUAAAUAGUGACUGAGCCAGAGAUAUUGUAUUGUCAGAAAGCUAUAUUUUAUGUUUAUAGUUUUAUAAACGUUUUUGUUUGUUUUGUCUGUGAAAGCCACUGAGGCUAAAAUAACCACUGUAUUAAUAAAACCAAACCAAUAAAACGAAUGUGCAACUAUUA